AUGGUCCAUCGGGAGAAGUAUGUUCCGAGUGGAGCCCCAGCCUCCCCUGUCCGAAGAGAUCGCGAUUCUGGUCUGUACACCAAGUUGAUCGCCAGAGAAAUGCUCAAAGUACAGGCCCUGGAGCGGGAAGUAGCCAUCAUGGAAGAGGCCCUAGCCAAAGACUUCGCCGUGGCCGAACGCAAUGAGGCCCGACUCCGCGAACUGGAGCGACCCUCUACCCUGUCCAACUCAAGGUUGCAGGAUGAUGUCAAAAAGUUGUCUGAAGCCAUAGUGGCCAUUUGUGCCUACAGAUACUUCACCCCAUCCUUUGAUUCGGUCGCCUUCAACACUGUGGUGGCCAGCCUGCUCCGAGGGUGCCGUGAUAUCGACCCUCGCAUGGAGACUCUAUACCAGACUGCGAGUCGAAAGUCGGGUGGACCAACCGCUGGUCUCGAGGUCACUCGACCUCCUGAAGAACCCCCGGUUCGAACCCCGGAGGCGCCAGUUCUCCGAGCCGCAUUGAAAGUCAUUGACGAGGAAGCUGCUCGAAGUUCCAACAUACGUACUGCUUUGGAGAAGGGAUUCGCAUUAGUUAUGAAGCGCAAGGUGGGUACAGCAGGGUCAGCUCCUGAUCCAGCACCAGAUCUGGACGAGAAGACUGCUAUGGAGGCUUUCACUAGGGCCAUGGAGCAGGGUCAGGCCCACCCAGAACAUGAAGUUCGGCAUCUCCUUAAAAUGUGUACGGUAACCCAUCUCAAUGAUAACCCAAUAGAGAUAGGCCCAGAGGACAACCCUUCGUUGGUAUCACCCGAGAACCUCAACCAUCACCCUGAACGGCUUGGUCGAGUCGAGCCCGUUGAGAGACUGGAUCAACUUGCGCACGCUCGGGGGCCUGGUCCGGUCCAUCCUGUGGGGAAGGGGCCUGAUCAGGUCCACCCUGUGGAGAGGGGUCCUGGUCCGGUCCAAUCUAUGGAGAAGCUUGGCCCGGUCCACCCUGUCGAGAGGGGGCCUGGUCCGGCCCACCCUGUGGAGAGGGGGCCUGGUCCGGUCCACCGUGUGGAGAGGGGGCCUGGUCCGGUCCACCCUGUGGAGAGGGGGCCUGGUCCGGUCCACCCUGUGGAGAGGGGGCCUGGUCCGGUCCACCCUGUGGAGAGGGGGCCUGGUCCGGUCCACCCUGUGGAGAGGGGGCCUGGUCCGGUCCACCCUGUGGAGAGGGAGCCUAGUCCGGUCCACCCUGUGGAGAGGGGGCCUGGUCCGGUCCACCCUGUGGAGAGGGGGCCUGGUCCGGUCCACCCUGUGGAGAGGGGGCCUGGUCCGGUCCACCCUGUGGAGAGGGGGCCUGGUCCGGUCCACCCUGUGGAGAGGGGGCCUGGUCCGGUCCACCCUGUGGAGAGGGGGCCUGGUCCGGUCCACCCUGUGGGGGAGCUUAGUCAAGUCGGGUCUACAGAGAGGUUAGAUCCGGUUCCGCAACAUCACGAUGCUGGCCCAUUACCAUCGUCCAAACCAAGUGAUCACACGGUACCAGUGGGUGGUCCACCCGUGGCCCAUGCCCAUCAGAAUCAGGGAGCUGAUCUUGGUCCAGCACAUGACACCUCUCCCAGUCCGGCGAAGAAGGGUCGAGCCGCGUUCAAGCGGGCAUCUGCGGUUACUAAGACACGUGGCGAUGGAUCGCCCCUCACGCAGGGACAUGCCGUACCCAAACCAGCUGGUCCCAUGGGGUUCAAAAAAGCCAAAGGGCCUUCGGCUGGGGUCCGAGCCCCUCAUACCGACCAAGCUAAUUCUGGACUUGAGCCUCCUGGCCGGGCCAUGUUUGGUCGUCGAGACACUGCUGCUACCGUGGGCCAGCCUGAGCAGGUGGUCCACAGUGAGCAUGACAGAGUUGAGGGAGGUGGUGUGGUCACAACCGAUGUGAAUUAUUACCACAAUAUGUUCAUAUACCAGAAAAUGGAAGUAUUUGGUCCUGACAAUGACCACCAGGGUAAAGGCUUGGUGUGGCCUCAAGUGUACAGAUAUCCGGAAGCUCAGCCCCCACCAGUCAUUGAGUCCCCGAGGGAAAGUGGCAACCGGCCAGUGACACCUCCUACUGAGGCCCAGUCGGCUGACCAUAGUGGCUCAGAGAGAAGUGUUGGACCUAGGGUUCCUGCUGUGCGCCCAAGGCCCCCAAUACCGCAAGUACGGAGGGUCAGUCGAGGACAUGAGCCGGCCCGGCCCACUCCGGUAGAGACCACGGCCUCUGAAACCGCUGGUCCGGUCCCCGCGGAGUUACCAUCUAGAGAGGAGCUUGUUGUACCCGUGAAGGAAGGACCAACCGAAGUCAGUCCAGAUUCUGUCGUAAACGAGGCUUCGGACCAUCGGCUCCAACCUAAGCAUGGUCCUGUCGAAGGCCCACAAGGGCAAAGAGUAAUACAUAUGAUGAAGCAUGAGGUCGAGGAAAUUACCGGUAUUGGCGAAUUGUGGUCAAGUGACUCGUCGUUGAGUGACGAUGCCGAGGCCAAGCUGGCCAAGAAGGGCUUCCGAGCCCAGGCUGAUGCCAAGAAGGUACCAUGCAGUGUUGGGGCAUGCUCCGGGUUAUUUCUCGAUGAGCUCAGGCUCUUGGGAUUGGCAUGA